GUCAUUCUCACCUAAAAUGGGCAAAUGAUGUAUGCAAAGAGCUUCACCCCUUCAUGUGUGAUGAAAGACUGGAUCUGGCCCAGGAGAAGAAGACAUGGGAAGAGGCCUUGGAGCACUGUAGAGAAAAAGAAAAUUACGACCUCGUCAGCCUGCCGGAAGCAAACACCUUUCUGUUGAACAGAGAGACAAUAACACAGCAAGCAACCACCAAUGAGGUGUGGAUCGGACUGCGAUUCCUGGCUGGUGAGUGGUGGUGGAUGAAUGGACACAGGGCGAGGAGCUCUGACCUUCCUCACUGUCCUGCCCAGCAGCAGCACUGCGGCGCACUGCUUCCCAACGAAAAAGGCUGGAAGAUAAUGAACUGUAGUGAGAAGAGAAACUUCCUAUGCGGCAAAAUCAAAUGAACGUUGGAAGAGGAAUGAUUUGUUCAUCUUGAACAUCACCGUCAUUUUAAAAUAAAGGCAACAUGAGUAGAGAGUCAAAGCCAUGAAAAGAAACAUGAUUGGUGGUGUGGCUGAAAGAGGAACUACGCCCAUUUUCUAAAUUCAUAUAUGUUUUUCAUACACAUCAGACCGGCAAUACGUCAUCCAGAGUUGGCUCACAUGACUACGGCCCCUUUUGGGGGAAAACAAUCCCUUCUCACUCAUAGACGUUAACAGCGUAAAGAGAAGAAGUUGAAUCAUGUCAUCAAACUUUUACUUUAAACAAACCGGUAAUAUUAAUAACGCUAUGCCAUUAAAAAAACCCAUUGAAGUCCAGACGAGGGAAUCAGAAGUGCUAAAAUGCUAACUCAUUUCUGGGCUUUAGGACUCAUUCCUGCACCACAUACAUACAUUGACCUUCGAGUUAAACUUUUCUCCCUAGAUUCUUAUAAGACAACGCAAAAGUUUUGGAAGAGAUCUUUAGAAACAUCGCAGAUGUAAACAAACCUUUUACGCUUAUCAGAAACAAUUCAUAAUAAUUGUUUUUAAUUGCUGUCUAUAACUAGUUUUUGUGUUAUAAAAAGGUCUGUCAAUCAAUUUGGGACUGAUAUCAGGUUCAAAUGCUGUUUUUGACUUUGGUGUUGUUUGCUUUGGGAUCAUAGAGUGUGCCUUUAAGUAAGUGAUCUUACUUAAAUAAAU